GAUGGUUUGGGGUUGGGGCUGGGGAUUGGGUCGAUGCCCCCCUCGGAAUCCCCCGCCAGCAAGAAUCGUCGCCUCCUCUUCGACCGUGUCCGGCACACGCUGUCGGAUCUGAUGAUGACCGCAGAUGAGAAGAAUCAUGUCAUUUCGAAUGCGAACGACGAGCUUGAUCGCCAGCUUACCCGCCUCGAUGCCGUCUUCCCCUUCAUCGCGGGCGAGGUCAGCGACGAGGCCCGCCUGGGCAGCUUGUCGCAUUGGGCCUAUUCGAAUCGCUUGGUGGGUAUCGGCGCUGGUAGCGCGAAGACGACGGACCGUCCCAGGCGCGAUGCUACGGGGUCCGGCAAGACGGAAUUGGCGCAUGGGCAUGGGCAUUCGCAUGGGCAUGGGGCCCAUGGGCAUGGAGCUGGCCAUGAUGCGGAGGGUUCCUCGCGGAGUGAGGCUAGACGCGAGGCGGCUAUGGCUAGGAGGCAGCGGCGGGGCGGCGCGGGGGCUGGGCAAGGGCCGGCCCAUGUGGAUUCGGAUUUGGAUGAUGGAGCGAGGGGAUCUGGCGGGGCUGCUGCUGGUGGAGGUGGUGGUGGCAGGAAGGGAGGACAGAGUGGCAAGGCUAGAGGCGGUGCAGGAGGAGGCGCCGCUGCCGCUGCUGGUGCCGGAGGCCAGGCUGGUGAGCAUGUCGGUGGUGCUGGGCAGGGUGGCAGUACCUCCGGUCAGGCGAAGCGGAGGAAGGUCGAGAGGCCGCCGCCUGUGGAUACGGGCGCUGCGAUGGAGAGGUCAGCGAGCGGCGCAGGCGGUGCUGCAGGUGGUGCUGCAGGCCGGGCUGGCUCCAAGGAUGUAGAUGCUACUGGUGCUGGUGCUGGCGGUGCGGGGGGUGCCACUAAGAAGAGAUCGCGUGCGCCGAAUGCCAACGCGGCUUCACGAAAGAGAAACAACCAAGGUAACUCGGCGGCCGAUUCGCCAAUUUUCGCCCCUUCGCCGGUUGUCGCUGCAGCCACGAUCCCACGCAACGCAGCCAGUCCAGGCCCCGGUGCGGCACGACCGCAGUCUUCCCGUGCGCAGCAGACUGCCGGACCGGCAAACAACGGCCGUCAGCGCCCAUCGUCAUCCGCCUCCAAUCGUGUGGCCGGGAACAACAAAACAACCGAGACGAAGACCGUCAUCAAAGAAAGCACAGCCAAACCGCAAGCCACCCCCAGCUCGGCCAACGAAACCCCGCGCGAGAUGGCCGACGAGGGCGUGGACGUGGCAAAGAUGCCUGUGCCAAUAAGCACGAAGCGCGAGGACACCGACGGCGGCAAGCCAACACCAUCCAUCGAACCCAGCGAAACACCAGCGUCGCCGCCGGCUACCGCUACUACCGCUGCUGCGAAUGCUGCUAGUGCUUCGGCGCCUGCACCUGCCCCGGUUUUGAUCCCGAACCCGCCACCCAAGGGCCGAUCUUCCAAGACCUCCACCCCCGUGCUGCCGACGUUCACAGAAUCGUCCACCAGCGCUGCUGCUACUGCUGCUGCUGCCGCCGCCGCCACCGCCACGACAACGACGCAGCGUGUGCGCCCAACUCGAAGCACCGAUCUCGCUCCCGCCGCCACCACCACGACUACCACGAAACGCUCGCACAAGAAGAACGGCAGCGUGCCGGUGGUGGUGCCGCAGCGGGCGGUGUCGGAGGAGGAAUCCCUGCACGAGGGCGACGACGAGGACGAGGACGGCGAGCCGCGGUACUGCUACUGCAAUGAGAUCAGCUUCGGUGAGAUGGUGGCGUGUGACAACGAUGCCUGUCCGCGCGAGUGGUUCCAUCUGUCGUGUGUGGGGUUGACGAAACCGCCUGGCAAGAACGUGAAAUGGUAUUGUAACGAGUGCAAGGAUAGCAUGCGACGGAGUCGUAGUGGGCGUUGAAGAGAGCUGUUUUGCUGUGGUUGGAUGGAGCGAGUUGGACAGGACAGGACAUUGGAGUUCAGGGGGAGUUUUUCAUCCAUGGACAGAUAGAAGUAUUCGAUAUGGUAUAUACUUUGGAAUAGGAUUUGUGGCUUAGGUGUUGGUUCUCAUCUACUGUUUUUAUGGAUGAGGUUGGUCGGUUGCUAGAAAGUGUGAUCCCCAGACGGUACGCAGACAAUGUGGACGUUCGGAAACUGUCAUUGAAAC